CUCUGCGAGUCAAUUAUGUUUCAUCUUGCCAGAAAGAUGUUCUGUAUUACCGUGUUCUACAUUUUACUUAAUGCUAUUUCGCUGGCUGUUUCUGACGAGGAUACUGCAAAAAAUAGCAGCCCCCAGCCAACAAUAAUCGGUGACAAGAUGAAGGAAUUUGGAGCGCUGGUGCAAGUCAUUAACGAGCUUUCGCAAACAGACCAGAAUGGUAAUUCGGACUCAUUGAAAUCCUCAAAUGAUUCAACGCAUCCCGUAAUUGACUUGAACGAUUAUAUCAUGAAACAGGACGACAAUGGUGGAUCCAAGUCUAGUCUUAAUGAGGAUAAGACAAAGGACACUGCCACUGUUGCAGCUGAUGUAACCGCUGAAGCAUAAACAAAUCAGGAACAUCUCCCUGACAAAAACGCUGAAUCCGUUUGCUUGAGUGUAUUAUAAGUUAUUUUGACUAUUUCUGUCUAGAAAUCUUGUAUAUAAUUAUGCCUUUGAUUAUUCUUCGUUUUGAAGAAUGAAAAACAAUAUUCUGAGCCAGUGAUGUUCGUGACUAGUCAUGAACUGGCUUGAGAAACUAAAGUAUUGUUUCGUGAUUUAUAUGGCAUGACGUUAACUUUUCAAAGUUUAGAAAUUGAAAGUACGUGCUUUACUAAUUCUGUUUAUUAUUUGCCUUGUGAUUUCUCUCUUGUACUGCCUUUUUGCAAUGGUAAUAAAUAGUC